CAAAUUAAUAUAUCGCACAGGUUCUACUACUCUCUUCCAUUCACUCUGCAAAAUCUCGAAGAAGAAGAAGAAGAAAUUUGGAGAAGAGAUGUUGUGGGUGGAUAAAUAUCGUCCCAAAACCCUAGAUAAGGUUCUGAUCCACGAAGAAAUCGCUCAGAAUCUGAAGAAACUGGUGACGGAGCAAGAUUGCCCCCAUUUGCUCUUCUAUGGGCCAUCCGGGUCGGGUAAGAAAACCCUAAUUAUGGCCCUUCUCAGACAAAUCUUCGGUGCCAGCGCCGAUAAGGUGAAAGUCGAAAACAAGAACUGGAAAGUUGAUGCUGGGACUAGAACAAUUGAUGUCGAGCUCACGACAAUGUCGAGCACACACCAUGUUGAGCUGAGCCCUAGUGAUGCGGGAUUUCAAGAUCGGUACGUUGUUCAAGAGAUAAUCAAGGAAAUGGCUAAAAAUCGACCUAUCGACACUAAGGGAAAGAAGGGUUUCAAAGUUCUAGUGCUGAAUGAGGUUGACAAACUAUCGAGGGAAGCCCAACACUCGCUCCGAAGAACAAUGGAGAAAUAUAGCUCAUCUUGCCGACUCAUUCUGUGCUGUAAUAGCUCCUCCAAAGUGACUGAAGCUAUCCGCUCUCGUUGCCUAAAUAUGCGAAUAAAUGCACCAACAGAAGGCGAGAUUGCAAAGGUGUUGGAGUUUAUUGGUAAGAAAGAAGGUUUGCAACUUCCAUCUGGUUUUUCUGAUCGGAUAGCACAGCAGUCUAAUAGAAGCCUGAGGAGGGCAAUUUUGUCAUUUGAAACUUGUCGUGUCCAACAGUACCCUUUUACAAUCAAUCAAGCCAUACCCCCCAUGGAUUGGGAGGAAUAUGUGUCUGAAAUAGCAUCAAGCAUAUUUAAGGAACAGAGUCCUAAACGGUUGUUUGAGGUUCGGGGAAAGCUAUAUGAGCUACUCAUCAAUUGCAUUCCUCCAGAAAUUAUUUUAAAGAGGCUGCUCUCUGAAUUGUUGAAGAAAUUGGAUAUGGAACUGAAGCAUGAGAUCUCUCAUUGGGCUGCGUAUUAUGAACAUAGGUUGCGUCUUGGACAGAAAGCAAUAUUUCACCUUGAAGCAUUCGUAGCCAAGUUCAUGAGCAUCUACAAGGGUUUCCUCAUUGAGACAUUUGGAUGAACUCAGUGGAAAUAUCGGAGAAUAUAUAUUUAUCCGAUCUUGUGUACUUUAAAGAAUUCCUUACGUACUUGUGUUUCUUGACCUGAUAACCGAGAUUUCAAUAUUAGGCUCUGGAUUGUAAUUUUCAUAGAGCAAUGAUAUUUGGCAAGCUCCUAUGUUUGUGUGCUUGUUUUGAAACGGAAUUUAAAUAUUAUGGCUCGAUAUAGAGCGCGUUAGUUUGUACAUUGCAUCAUUUGGUUGGUCUGGA